GGAAUUCUCUGAGCAGUGUUCCAUCUGCCCUUCCCAGCACAGCAUCAGCUGCCAGAAUUCGGCCUCACAUGCCCACGCCACCGGGAGUUGUCCUGGCAACUGCCUGCGCUCUCAGCUCAGAGGGAUGACGCCAGUAUCCUGCGCCAGGGCUACGCCCUCCCAUGCGGCGGCCAUUGGCUGGCUGGAAGACGGACACAGGCCCGGUCUAAUGGAUAGCGCCGAUCUUCUGAGGGCGGGACGGCGCGGAACCUGCUGGGUUGGUGGUGGAGGCGCGUGGCAGAGGUGUGCGAGAGUGAGAGCUGUAGGAUGGCAAAACAUAAGAGAAAAGGUCUCGAAGGGGCAGGAAAGGAGAGUAAAAAGCAGAAGAUCACACGGGCAGAGGAAGCGCCGAGGACAUCUGAAGCCAGGCCAGGCAGGGAGACAGCCAGCCCCAUGGUGCAGGAGGCCAGCCCUGAGUUGUCCCCAGAGGAGAGGAGGGUCUUGGAAAGGAAACUGAAGAAGGAACGGAAGAAAGAAGAGAAGAAACGGCUGAGAGAGGCGGGCAUUGCUGCAGCACAGACUGCCAAGGUUCAGACCCCGCCAGCCAAGCCCUCAGCUGCCGUCCUGGCCCUGGAGUACCUCCAAGGGUGGGCUCAGAAGCAGGAGAGCUGGAGAUUCCAGAAGACAAGGCAGACGUGGCUCUUGCUGCACAUGUACGAUGAGGACAAGGUUCCUGAUGAGCACUUUUCUACCCUGCUGGACUACCUCGAGGGGCUGAAGGGCAGUGCCCGAGAGCUGACCAUCCAGAAGGCCGAGGCUCUGAUGCAGAAGCUAGAUGAGGCUGACCCUGAGGCCAGAGACGGGUCUCUGGGGAAGGUGCAGCGCCUCCGGCAGGUGCUGCAGCUGCUCUCCUGAUGGGAAGAGGUGGCUUCGGGCCCUGAGGGACACACUGGCUACCUCCUCCCAGAGCUGUAGGAGCAUCGGGUCACAGCAGGUCAUCUGGCUUGAUGACUGCCUUCCAAAGUCCUGAGAAGAACCCUUCAUCCCCUCCCUAUAAGUUGUAAAAGUUUCUGGAGCCUUGGGAGUUGAACAUGGUCUCCCCAAAACAGCUCUGAGGUGCCACUCCCACACGAGUGGCCCUAAAGUGGCUGUGAACAGAGUCUACUUUUUCUACCAAGGAUAUCUUAGAAACUGGCCCAAGCUGGCUUUCCCCAUCAUCUGGGAUUCCCUGCUGUGUGUGUGGGGGGGGGUCCUACAUAUUCAGUCUGGGGGCCAUUACAGUGCAGCCUGGAUGCAACUCACCGGUCUGUAGGGAGACCCUAUUGAGGGUUUGUAUUGAGGACCCUGGGCCUGUGUGGCUGCCCAGAUGCAGAUAGAAGCUGCUGCUCCAUCCCUACUCGUUUCAGCAACCCCAUGCUGUCCCUGGUGUCAGCAGUGGGCCCAGUUCCUUGUCGUUGCACCUCUCAGCCAGCGUGUAAGAAACAGAAGGACUAAGUGUUCGCAUCUGGACCCACGUCACCAUCAGAACACAUACCCUACUCCCACUGGGCAUCUUUUCCUUCAGACCAUAAUGAAUCGCCCAUAGGUGCCACAUAGGGAGGGCGCUGAUGGGCUAGAGAGGAUUUGGUGCCAGUCUAGCUCAGUGAGCAGUGAGGUCAUUGGGGCCUGCAGAUGGGAGCCAUGGAGUGUCCGCCUUCUGCCUCCGCUGGUCUCUAGCCCACAGCUUCUUGAACUCCUCACCCACAGCUGCUUUGCUUCAGAGUCACUUUUAUAGACCCAGGAAUAGAGGUAUAUAAAAGAGGUUGACAGAUAAAUAUAUAUUGUAUCCCAAGAAAUUUAUUUUAAAAUGAUUCUGAAUACACAUAAUUUUCCAUGUAUUAAAGAUAAAGGCAAGUUUACAUACUCA